CCAUUUGUGCGCGAUGACAGUUCGGCUAUGCGGUUCAAAUGUGUGUUCUUCGUUGCGAUUACUUUUUUUUUUCUUGUGUUUCGAUUUUCCAAUGCCCAUAUUUGUGCGUAGUGUUUACCUGUUAUUCCAUUGAACUAGUCGUAAAUAGAAAACAACAAUAAACCCAUUCGAUUGGAAACUAUCGCAACAGUGAUAGAUCUUAUGACACGAGAAGCACUUGAAAGUCGUUUGUUUACAUUCAAAAUUGCAAGUUGUUAACGUAUCAUUUAAAUCUUUUGCUGAUUUUUUUCCCUCAAAUUGAUAAGGCGAUUAAUCAGAAGUUAAAGCACUUAAUCGAAUCGAAAUCAUUCAAUUGGUUUACCAUCAUCGUCAUCACUAUUUACAAUUUGCUGUUGAGAAUGGAACACACUGUGUUCAGUUUCUGGAUAUAAGAAGCGUGAUUGUUGCGCUGUGAAUUAGUUGGUACCUGUUUGUUGCUGCAAUUACAAGACAAAGGAUGAGCAAAUUGUUAUUUUUAUUGUUGUGGUUUUUUGUGUUGAACACCGUGCAAUGUGUUCUGAAGCCAUGUCAACUGCGCAAAUAUCCCGAUGGAUAUGUUUGUGUGUGCAAUGAAACCUAUUGCGAUACGAUGGAUGUGGAAAAACCGGAGAGAUUUGGUGAUUUUAUACUGGUUUCAUCGACAAAAUCCGGCAAACGGUUCGAUGUGUCGAAGGGACGUUUCCAACCAAAGCCACUGGAACCGAAUGUGAUUCGAGUGAAACGUUUUCCAGAUUUGAUUGGCAUUAAGCGGAAUGUGACUCAGGAUAUGAAAUCGUGGCUUACUUCAAUCACACUCACUGUUGAUCAAGACAAACAGUAUCAGAAAAUUAUUGGAUUUGGAGGAGCGUUCACCGGGAGCGUAUCGCAUUUAUUUGACUUGAUGCCCGAAUCGCUGAGGCAUGCACUUUAUCGCAAUUACUAUUCGCCGGAUGAGGGAAUCGCUUAUUCAAUGAUGCGCAUCCCUAUCGGAGGAUGCGAUUUUGAUCUAAGGCCUUGGGCGUACAACGAACAGCCGAUUGACGAUCAGAAAUUAUCCAAUUUCACGAAACUAGAUGCACGCGACCUGCGGCGAAACGAACAGAUCAAUGACUUGAAGAAAGUGGCACAAAUCGAUGACAUCAAAUUGAUCGGCACGGCAUGGUCAUCGCCGAAGUGGAUGAAGACGAACAACCAGUGGUCUGGACGGAAUGCAUUAAAGCCAGAAUACUACCAAACAUGGGCUGACUAUCACUUGCGUUUUCUUUCAUUGAUGGCCGCAGAAAACAUGACGCUGUGGGGACUAUCGACCGGCAAUGAACCGCUGAAUGGAGAAAUUGGAUGGUUUUUCAUUCAUUUCAUGAGCUUAGGUUGGCUACCCGAGAAUCAAGGCAAGUGGAUUGGUGAAAAUCUGGGCCCAAAUUUGAACAACUCCGAGUUUCGUGAUAUAAAAUUGUUUGCUGGCGAUGAUCAACGAUACACCUUCCCAUGGUGGUUUGACCGUCUGAAUCGCUUAUCUCCAAAAGCCAUGGACUAUGUGUCUGGUUUGGCUGUUCACUGGUAUUGGGAUCGUCUCAUAUCGCCAUUCAUGCUCGACCAAACAUACAACAAAUAUCCAGACAAAAUGAUGCUAAACACUGAAUCGUGUAUUGGCGACAAACCAUUUGAAGUGCAUGGUCCAGUUUUGGGCUCGUGGUCACGUGCCGAACGAUAUGCGUUGGGAAUUAUUCAAGAUUUACAGCACCAUGUUGCUGGUUGGAUCGAUUGGAAUCUCAUAUUGAACGAAAGUGGUGGGCCCACAUACAUCAAUAACACUGUUGACGCUGCCGUUAUACUGAAUUCAACCACCAAAAAUGAAAUCUACAAACAGCCAAUCUUUUAUGUCUUAGGUCAUUUCUCAAAGUUCAUACCGACUGGUUCAGUGCGAAUUGAGGCAAAUUUGAAUGGAUUUCGUGCAAGCAAUGUCAAAACUGUAGCAUUUUUAUGUCCUGAUAAUACGAUCACCAUUAUUUUAUACAAUCGCUCUGACAAAUUCCGUAUAAUUGACUUUACAGAUGACCUAAGAGGUUCCUAUGAAAUUCGAUUAGAUCCACGCUCAAUUGCGUCUUUGACAUAUGCAUAGAAUUAGCUACAUUUUCGAAUGUACGACGAAGGAAAUUAUGAUUGGAUGAAGAUUUUGCAAUGAUGUGAUACGAAAAAAAAACCAUUGAAAAAUGUUUAGAUCUUUCAGAUAUCUAGACAUUUAAAUACAAUUUAUAUGAUUUUUACUUUGAGUUAAACUAAUAAAUUGAAACGAAAUCGAAAUUGGA